AUGUAUCACUGUAUUAUUACAUUAAUAGAUACAAUCAGAAUAUUAAAUCAAAAUUAUUCUAUACAUUUAGAUGGUUAUAACGUAAGUUUACAUCACCACCAUCAUAAUAAAGUUGGACUUAGCGUUCUAGAUGAAAAAACACCUUUAUUUCCAAUUGAUUUGUUUAGCUUACAAGAACGACGCCAUGGUGCUGUUAUUUUACACAUACUUGGCGUAAUAUAUAUGUUUGUUGCAUUAGCGAUUGUUUGCGAUGAAUUUUUUGUGCCAUCUUUAGAUGUAAUCAUAGAAAAGCUAGAUAUUGCGGAUGACGUUGCUGGGGCUACAUUUAUGGCUGCUGGCGGUUCUGCUCCUGAACUUUUUACAUCGAUAAUUGGUGUGUUUGUAUCAUUUGAUGACGUAGGGAUAGGUACUAUUGUUGGUUCCGCAGUUUUCAAUAUCCUUUUUGUUAUUGGAAUGUGUGCCAUUUGUUCAAAAACAGUAUUAACCCUCACUUGGUGGCCACUUUUUCGUGAUUGUGCUUUUUACAGUAUAAGUUUACUUACUUUAAUAUAUUUUUUUAGAGAUAACUAUAUAUAUUGGUAUGAAGCACUAGUACUUUUUGGAUUUUAUCUGGCAUACGUUAGCUUUAUGAAGUGGAAUCGACCAAUGGAAAAACUUGUUAAAAAAGCCCUUUAUCCUGAUAAGGUAACAAGAGUAAGAUCUACUGAUCAACUAAUGCCGACGCAUCAUCCAUAUAUUACUAACAGUGAAAAUGUUAUUGGAAAUAUUGCCAAUGAACCCCAUAGUAAUAGUGUUCCUAUUCUUGAAGUAUACGAGCAUAGCGACAGAAGUAACAAUAGUAGAUGCAAUAGUACUGUGGUCCGAGAAACGUCGCAUACUAUUGGCGUUAUAGAGUUCAGAAAAAGUCAAGCUAAAUUUAGACAUGGUUUAUUGCAACUAAUGAUUCAUACUAUCGAUCCUCUUCACGACGGUAAAAUAGAUGAAAAAGCAACUCAAUUACACGCAAUCGCAUCUUUGAAAGUCCUAUUGGAUGCAACAAAAUCACCUAAUGGAGUAUCGAAUCGUAUAGCAGCUAAUAAUUCUAAUAAUGAUUCAAAUGAACUUACUUUAGAUGUACAAGAGCCUGCACAACGUGCAACAUCUACAUUUAUUGAAACAAGCACUGGUAUAGAGCAAAUAUUAAACGGAAGAAUAUCAAUUGGACAAGAUACAAGCACAGAACUGGCAGAAGAAGAAAAUGGACACGAAGCUUUAGAUAUGACAUGGCCUAAUACAUCAAGUAAAAGAAUUACAUAUGUGCUUGUAGCACCAAUUUUAUUUCCAUUAUGGUUGACGUUACCUGACACACGAACACCUAAAGGAAAAAAAUUUUUUGCAAUUACUUUUAUUGGAUCAAUUUUUUGGAUUGCUGGAUAUUCAUAUUUAAUGGUUUGGUGGGCAAAUAUAGCUGGAGAUACAGUACAAAUUCCACCAGAAGUAAUGGGGCUCACAUUUCUUGCUGCUGGAACUAGUAUACCAGAUCUUAUAACAAGUGUCAUUGUAGCACGAAAAGGUUUUGGUGAUAUGGCUGUUUCAAGUUCCGUCGGUAGUAAUAUUUUUGAUGUUACAGUAGGGCUUCCAGUACCAUGGCUGUUAUAUGGAUUAAUUUAUGGAAUACCAGUCGAAGUUAAUUCAGUCGGGAUGGUUUGUAGCAUUACAAUUCUUUUUUGUAUGCUACUAUUUGUUAUACUAAGUAUAUCUUUUUUCAAAUGGCGUAUGAAUAAAGGAUUAGGUUUUACUAUGUUUCUUUUAUAUUUUGUAUUUGUAACAGUGUCGCUUUUGUUUGAAUAUGAAACUCUUAUUUGUCCAGUUUAA